AUGAACUCCGACCUGGGCCUUCCGCCGACGCGCGCGACCCGCAAGCGAAAGACUACCACGUACGCCGACGACGAUAACGAUGACGAUGCGCACCUCAAAUACCAGUCCACACCACGGAAAGCCAAAAAGACGAAGAGCGCACCCGAAGUAAUCGACUUGACGGGAGAUUCCCCCAAGAAGUCUCAGAAGACUCUUGCUAAGAAGAGAGGCAAGCGCGACGCCGAUGCGCCUGCCGAAGAGAAGCGUGCGAGGGUGUUCCGCAAGCAGGCACCACAAAGCUACCUCGCGAUCAAGGAAAGAGCCUUCACACAGCGCCUCACGGUCCUUUCGCGCGAACGCUGCGGAAGCGAUGAUGUGCCCGAGGAGAAGGUCAUUGUCGCAGGCUCUACAGGCAACGUCUACACCGUCUCAGUUGGUCUCGUCCCGAGCUGUGACUGUCCACACGCGAAGAAGGGCAAUCAAUGCAAGCACAUCAUAUACGUCAUGUUGCGCGUGCUGAAGGCACGGGAAGAUGUCGCAUACCAGCUAGCCCUCAUCCGCUCCGAGCUGCGCGAAGUCAUCAAGAACGCGCCGCCCAUUCCCGGCGUUGAGACAGACGGAAAGGACGGUACUGAACAAGAGGGCCAAGACGGCAACCGCAAGCCCAUCGAGGGUGAAUGCCCCAUCUGCUACGACGAACUCGGCGAGAACGAACCCAUCGUAUACUGCAAAGCCAGCUGUGGAAACAACGUGCAUAAGGCUUGUAUGGCGAAUUGGAUUGCUGUCUCAAAGGGCAAAGCGACUUGUCCAUACUGUCGUGCCAAGUGGGAGGCAGACACAGGCCUCGAGGGUAAGCUGGGCGAAGUCGACACAAAGAAUCUGGAGAGGAAUGAGGACGGCUAUGUUAAUGUUGCAGGACAACUCGGUCUCAGUGGGGAGCGGGAUUAUUCCACAUAUCAUCAGUACUGGGUCCGACGACAUCUAGGCCAUGGUGGGCGGAGGAGGGGUGGCUACGAUUACGAUGGUGACUACUAG